GCAAGUAAAUGUUCCAUUCCAUCCCGAUAUAUCGGCUCAGGGUGUCACAAGAGGGAUUCCCCAGCGCAGUGCAAUGUGUGGGCGCCGAGUUUCACAGAAAUGAACGCAUGAUCUCCGCACAUCUCUUUUUGAACUUGGCAGAGAAGCUCCUCCUUCAAAUCAAGACGUGAUAAACGUUUAAGAAUAGAGCAUCAAGAGCUUCAAAACAGAGCUCAGCGGAGUAGCUCACAUGAUCAAAGUGAUGAACCUGGAUGAGGAAAACAGCGCGUCGGUCAGUUGCGGCAACGGCAAACUGAGGCAGUGGCUGAUCGAUCAGAUUGACAGCAGGAGAUAUCCUGGCUUGGUCUGGGAAAAUGAAGAAAGAACUAUUUUUAGGAUUCCGUGGAAACACGCAGGGAAGCAAGACUAUAACAGAGAGGAGGAUGCUGCGCUCUUCAAGGCAUGGGCAAUGUUCAAGGGAAAAUAUAAGGAAGGUGUGGACAAGCCAGAUCCCCCCACAUGGAAAACCAGACUUCGCUGUGCUCUUAAUAAAAGCAAUGACUUUGAUGAGCUAGUAGAAAAAAGCCAGCUUGACAUCUCAGAGCCCUACAAAGUCUACAGAAUCAUUCCAGAGGGAGUCAGGAGGGGAAUGAAAAUAAGCAGUACAGAAGAGAUAAAUGCCCUUGGCUAUAUUCCUCCAUAUACAUCUCUGCACAACCAGGUGCCUGGUUAUAUGGUUUCUCCAGAAAGAAGGGACUGGAGGGAUUACUCACCAGCUGAACAGCAACCUAUUCCUCCUCCACAUCACCACGGGCUGCACACAGAGCUGCAGUAUAGUCAGUGCCACUACCCAACGCCGAUCAGCCGGACUUGGCCUGGGUUACACACAGAAAAUGGGUUUCAGUUUUCCUUCCACACCCAACCGCCCAUGUAUACAAUGGAUCACAACAGUGCCACAACAGAUUUCAGCCUGUAUGUGUCCCUAUACUACAGAGAGUCUUUGGUGAAAGAAGCUACCACUACCAGUCCUGAAGGUUGUCGGAUCACAUCUUCCUCCUCCUCCUCUUCCUCCUCUUCUUCCCCAUGCCCAGAGGACACAUUUCACAGUGGGGCAGAAAUAAUCCUUUUUCCAUCCCCAUACCCUGAGUCUCGGAGGCAGGGCGCCGAGAUGCUACCUAAUAUACUGGAGAAGGGGGUGCUUCUGUGGAUGAUGCCUGAUGGGUUGUAUGCUAAGCGCCUGUGCCAGGGACGAAUAUACUGGGAAGGACCUCUGGCUCCAUAUAUGGAUAAACCUAACAAGCUGGAGAAGGAGCAGCCAUGCAAGCUGUUUGACACCCAGCAAUUCCUUAUUGAGCUUCAAGAUUUUGCCCAUAAUGGCCGACACCUACCGAGACACCAGGUGGUGCUAUGUUUUGGAGAUGAAUACCCCAGCCCACAGCACCCAAGGAAGAUGAUCACAGCACAGGUGGAGCCAGUGUUUGCCAGAAAACUGGUGUAUUAUUACCAGCAGAACAAUGGCCACUACCCGCGUGCCUAUGACCACGUCCAGGAACAGAAUGCAUCUCCAACAGACGGCUAUCCUCCCCAAAGAUCUCUACAGCAUAUUCAGGAGUGAUAAGCACACAUGCACACACAUACUGUACACACACACAGGAUGCCAUGAAUGUGAAUAUAACCCUCUGACUGUAACACCUUGCGACUGCAGUGCCGUGUACUGUAAAUGAUAGAAACUGUCAUGUUACUGAGGGGUAGAGAUGGGGAAGACCCUGUUGUUUUCACUUGCACACCUAUGCGUCGCAGUCUUUGUGUCUGUGGAGUAAUGUUUUUUUUUUCUUGCUAUAAGUAUUAUUGUGACAGUGUGAAGGAUGCGGUUUGAGGGUGGGGGAUGAGGGGAGCGGAGGGCGACUGAGACAGGAAGAACUAGCACAGGUGCACAGGAAGAAUGGCCCCACAGACAAACACUGAUACGUCAAAGGGAUAAAACAGAGUAUGAAUGACUACUCAUGGUAUUUUCACAGGUAACAGUUGACAGUGUUAUUAUUGCAGUCAUACAGAAUUCGUCACUCAAGACAAUCAAACGUUACUUUUGAGAGGUUCAAAACCAGCAGAACUUGAUGUGCAGAAUAAAAAUGUAACUUUAGCUGAGCAAGUGAACUGUCAACAGCGUCAGCACUCGGUCUAUUGCGUUAUUAAUUAAUUUUUUUUUAACUAACCCAGUCAAACAUGAGCAUAUAACCCCUCUUUAUUGGCUUCCAGUUCGUUUUAGAAUUGAUUUGAAACGCUUGACAUUCUUCUUUUAAAGCUUUAAAUGGUCUUGCCCCUCUUUACUUAACAGAAUCUUUACUCCUCCGUAAGCAUGACAGAGUACUCUCCAGCCAUCCAGCCAGGUCUCUCUUACGAGUCCUCAGCUCUAGGUGUAAGCAGCGGGGUGACUGUGCUUCUACUGUGGCUGCUCCUGAAUUAUGGAACAGUUUGCUACUUCAUAUUUGUUCUAUUACUGACCUGGCACUUUUUUCUAAUCUAAGAACUAAUCUUUUAACACCGUCCUUUAGUUCCCAGUAGUGCCUUGACACCUUUUAAUUGCUUUUAGGUAUCUUUUAUGUGCUUUAAGUUUCUAUUUAAUGCAUUAUGUAUUUUAUGCAUUUGCAUUUGAUUUUGUAAAGCACUUUGGUCAACUUUUAGUUGUGCUUAAGUGUAAUAUAAAUAAAUGUUGACUGAUUGAUGAUGUGUUUCAUUGCAGAAAAAGCAACAAAUGGAAUGUAAGAGGGCACAUUUACAAAAAUCUUACAUGGGCAAAAUGUAUUCUGAUUUCUUUACAUUAUAUCAAAAUGAUGAAAAAUAUGGAAAAACUGUUUUUGGUAAACAAGAUAAAUGAACUAUUGCUUGCAGUGGAUGAAGCUCCUACAGUACAUCCCCCUUAAAUGCUUUGCAAUUUACUGGAUUAUAUUUUUAAGCUCAUAAUAAUUGUUUGAACAUUGAUAGUACUUUCAAGUCAUUCAGGGCUUAUGUACA